AUUGAAGACGUGCUGGCCACGGUCGCCUGCCUUCGUGGCCAUAAAUGGAACUCAAUGAUGAUCAAGCGUACUUACUUCGGAAACUGGCUUCGUGAUUAUAGCCAAGCUGUGGACGUUGGUACCCUACAGCGAGUUCAGGCCGAGACCAUACGUGUGCUUAUAUGGAUCCUGUCUUUCAUGUCGUUUGGAUAUGCGACGAGGGAGUUCGAAGUCACUGCGGAAAGGCUCGGGGUGUACAGGCCCGAAGAGCACAUUGAUAAUCCCAAAGACUAUGCAGACAACAAAGAUGCCCGACAAUAUGACCCCCGCCUGCGUGGACCUGUGUCGGAAGAGGAACUCGCUAUCGACCCUCACACCGGCAUGAAAAACUACAUCGCCAAUGAACGCGGCGGCUGGGCAACCUCGAGCGGUUAUGUGAAGUUCUCCUUCGCCCGUUCCAUUCACUUUGGCCGAAUGUAUACGCAUGGCCCAUCCGGCCAACGUGGCCGUGACGAAGAUCUUGCCGAAGCACUAAGAUGUUUAGGUCAGGGGUUACAUUGCCUUGAGGACUUUGGAGCUCACUCAAACUACGUGGAGCUUGUUCUCAGGGAGAUGGGAUAUAGCAACGUGUUCCCGCACACGGGCGUUCAGACUCAGAUCAAUCUCCAUGGCAAACAAGUGUACCCCUUGAUUACUGGCACAUUUGGCGGGGUCGACUUCCUCCACUCAGUGCUGGGUGAAGCAACGGAUCACUUUACACAAUCCGAAGUCGAUCAGAUGAACACGGCGCUAUCUGACGCAGCCGGGAUAACUGGAAAUAAACAGCGCGGUGCGGGCCACUCUGGAAAUCCGUGUAGUGCGCUUACAGAUGCGUUAAGCAAGGUCCCUGGUACCGGCGGAUUGAUACAGGAAGCUCUCAAUCUCCAAACCGCUUCAGACGCGCAGACUGCUUCCAACCGUGCAACAGCACAUUCUGAUGCCUACAGCAGCUCCCGAGCUGAUACGCAUGCACAGCCCAUGACGUUCGACGCACCACCCGGAGCCGUUGGUGGCCCUCCAGGACCUGAUAUUCCGGGCACAAAUACCGACCCUGCUACUAUCAUUCCCAAGAUCAUGCCAAUCCUCGAGUUCAGAGACAAGGUGGUACGCAAUAUAUCGGCCAUCAUCUCCAAGAUCCCUGGCUUGGAGAAGAUGAUCGAGACCAUCACGGAGCGUGUCACUCUAUUCGUGCUGUCCUUGCUCGCACCUUUCAUCAUGCCAAUCAUUGCAGCUGUUUCGAAGCAGUUAAAGACCGGUUCUUCGGCCGUUCUUGAAUCAGCGGCCAAUCACCAGUUCGAUGUAUGGAACAACCCCCACGGCACCGAUCCCACCCACUCCAUGCUUUCCAAGGACCAUUUCUCCAAUAUCCUAAAUGAGCCAGCCGGGCAUGUUGCCGCUGCAAUACUGCAAUACGUCGCUCCACGCAUCGUCUACGCCUGGGACCAUCCCGAUGUACCAGUUGACCAAGUACUGAACGACGUAACGAGCGUGAUGCACCAUCCGGCCAUCCGGGACAGCCGCAAUGAAGCGCACAGGAACAUGUUCGAGGUGGUGGAGAAGUGGGCUCGUAACUAUCGCAAGCACGACCUCAAUCACGCCCUCAGCUCCGAAUCGGUCCGCGCAGGCAGAAACCACGAAGGACCGCAGGACCUCGGCGAGGGAACUAUGAGCUACCACAGCCAUGCAGGGCACUCGCAAUCUCAUUCCGGAGUAGGCCACCAGCACUCUGGCUCCGGCAGCGGAGGCGGACUCUUGGGCAAUCUCACCGGCAAUCUUCCCGGCGGCGUAGGCCACCAAGUCGGCAAAGUCUUCAACAUCCUCGGAGGCAGUGGCGGUGGACACAGGACCCGCGAAGAAGUCGACUUCCGUCCCACCUCAUCCGGAGACCCCUAUCGACCCCCUCCGUCUCCCCAGCCCGCUUCAAACUGGGGAUCUUUCCAACCCUAUCAAUCUGCCUAUGCUGGAGUAGGCCAGGAGAACCAGGAACCAUAUCACGCUCCGCCGGAGUAUAACUACGGCGAUCCUGCGGCACAGGCACAUGGGCAUACAUCGGGAUAUGGACAUGGCGGCCAUUAUACCGGUGGUGGGGGCGUGGAGCCUGCGUAUGCGGUGCCGACGGCUUAUCAGCAGGGGUACGAGUAUCACCAACCGCCUCCACAGCAGGGAGGGUAUGGAGGCUAUGGGGGAGGAGGAGGAUAUGACCAGGAACCGUCGGGUACAAGUGGGAGGAAAUGGGGAGAGGGGGGUGGGAAUUCGGCGUGGUAGGAAAGUGGAGGCGGAGAGUUGGAAGGAGCUCCUAUGAGAAAGGUAGGAAAUGUGCUUCUAUACCGUGUCUUAUGACUGCGUCUCAAAUGAAAGACUCGAGUAAUCAUGA